ACACCUUAAUAAAAUGAACUGAACUUUAAUUACAGUGAUGUAUCGUUUCAGUAAAUGACAUAGUUCUUUGUAUACGAGUAAAAUGGGUUUGGAUUUUGACGUGUUAGAGUUUUGCAAAAAACUGCGGCAAAAUCGUCCUCCGCCGUACCAGUGUCCUUUAGAGAAAUGCGAUAAAGUGUAUAAAAGUUUGUGUGGGUUGCAGUACCAUCUGGUGAACUACGAUCAUGAUAAUCCCACGCCUGUGACGCCGUCGGUUGUGAAUAGGAAAAAGGGUUGGAGGACGCGAGCUCCCGUGCCUACGGGUGAUAUAGCCCUUCAAAGCCCUCCGAAAGAAGCUUUAACUUUUGCUGAAGCUCAAAAAGUAGUGCAGUUUGAAAUAGAUGGCAAGAUAAGUAGGAUUUCCAUAGAUCAACCUUUGCCUAUAAUGUCUUUGGAAGAUUGGGAGAAAAAGAAUGCAGAGUUGGAAAAGCCUGUAAAUUUUGUGGAGCCGCCUCCGGAGCCUCAUGUGAAAUUGCCUGAAGCCAGCUUCAAAUUAAUCCCAGACUACAAUGAAAGAAUAUGCGAUGCCCCACCCCAACCAAAUGCAUACAUACGAUUCAUAGAGAAGUCAGCAGAGGAACUAGAUGGAGAAGUGGAAUAUGAUGUAGAUGAAGAAGACACAGCGUGGCUGGCGAUAGUUAACAAGACACGGGCAAAGCAGGGAUUGCCCCCUGUGUCCGUCGAUACUUUGGAAUUACUUAUGGACAGAUUGGAAAAGGAGUCAUAUUUUCAGGCAUCUCAGAGUGGUCAGCAAACAUCAGCAACAGUGGACGAAGAUGCUGUGUGCUGUAUCUGCAUGGACGGUGAAUGCCAGAACACUAAUGUCAUUUUGUUCUGUGACAUGUGCAAUCUAGCCGUACACCAGGAUUGUUAUGGGGUCCCAUACAUCCCUGAGGGCCAGUGGCUGUGCAGGAGAUGCCUUCAAUCACCAUCUCGUGUUGUCAACUGUGUACUGUGCCCAAAUACUGGAGGUGCAUUCAAGCAAACUGAUCAAGGGACGUGGGCGCAUGUCGUCUGUGCGCUAUGGAUCCCCGAAGUGCGAUUCGCCAACACUGUAUUCUUAGAACCUAUUGAUUCGAUCGAGAUGAUCCCCGCGGCCAGAUGGAAGCUGCAGUGCAUGGUGUGCAAGGCUCGUGGCGCCGGCGCCUGCAUACAAUGCCACAAACCCAAUUGCUACGCCGCCUUCCAUGUCACCUGUGCGCAGCAAGCUGGACUGUACAUGAAGAUGGAGGCGGCGGGCGCGGGGCGGGAUUCCAGCCAGCCUGUACAAGUCGCUAAAAUGGCCUACUGCGAUGCACACACGCCGGCUCACGUCUUACAGGAACGACGGGCACAAGAAGCUGAGGAAGGCAACAAAUCAACAGAUCUUUCUGCAAUCAGGCAAAAGGGUAGAGAAAAAAUAAAACAGGCUCGUCGCGUCUUAGCAAUGAAACGUACAUGGGCUCCGGUGGUCUUAGUGCCAACUCUACCAGCUGCUAGAGUGGCCCAUGUUGCCCAGCUCGCUAGUGGAACGCCUGCCGCUAGGGCUCAACUUAUGAAACGAUUGCUAGCGUAUUGGACGCUGAAGCGACACAGUCGCAAUGGAGUACCUUUGCUGAGAAGGCUACAGAGUCGUCCUACACAACAUGGGAGAGGUAUUCAGGAUGCGACUGUCAACGUAAGAGAGCUAUGUAAUCAGCUCAAGUACUGGCAGCGUAUACGACAAGACCUGGAGCGAGCAAGGUUACUCUGCGAACUCGUCCGCAAACGCGAGCGUCUAAAGGCAGAAUACACUCGCGUAUGGGAGCGCUGCGUUGUCCACGCUUUGCGGCCGGCGCGUGCCAUAUUACACAAACUCUUGCGGCUGCUAAGGCAACACGAUCAUAGUGAUGUCUUCUCUGAACCCGUGGACUUGCAUGAGGUACCUGACUACAGCAGCGUUGUAAAACACCCGAUGGACCUAAGCACGAUGGGCAAGAAGCUAGACCGCGGUGCAUACAAUUCUAUAGACGACGUCGAGGCGGAUUUCCAGCUCAUGAUCGAUAACUGCCUUACAUAUAAUAAUAAGGACACUGUGUUUUAUAAAGCGGGCGUAAAAAUGCGCGAGCAGUGCAUGCCAAUAUUUCGUCAAGCGCGUCGUGACGUCAUCGCAGCUGGCAUGGCGGAUUUAGCCGGCAACGGUGAUACAGCUAGCAGCCCCGAACCUGAAAGACUACGUCGAAGUCCGUCUAGAGGUCGACGAAGUCCGUCACGAAAUCGACGCAGUCCGUCAAGAAAACGUAGUCCGUCAAGAAACCGACGAAGCCCAUCCAAAAUUCGACGAAGCCCAUCGCGAAAUCAGCGAAGUCCAUCAAGAAAGCGAAGUCCGUCUAGAAGUCGACGAAGCCCGUCAAAAAAUCGAUCUAGUCCGUCUAGAAGGCGAAGUCCGUCACGAAGUCGACGAAGUCCGUCACCUGGUAGAAGCAUGUCGAGAAGACGCAGUCCAUCACGAAAGCGAAGUCUUUCGCGUAGUCGCGAUAGUAGUACCGAUAGUGAUAGAACGGCAGCAUCAGAUAUACCUAGCGAGCCUGGGGCAUCACAUGCUAGAAAUAUUCAACGCCAGUCAAGUGUAAGAGGUUCUGAUGAUGAUAAUACGCGCGACGAUUUUUCCGUCGUAUCAACGUCGACGAAGCGCGAAGUACGUACACAAUGGCGCCGUGGCCGAGGCAGGGGCAGGCGCGGCCGCAGGGGGAGGGGACGAGUCACUGUUGCAGCGGCUAGGCAAGAUAAUGAGACUGCAACUUCUGGCUCCGAGACGCCUAUACCACCGAUGAAAAGUGCCGAUCGUUCGCACAAGCUAGCCACGCCUACACCGGACAAAUCGCCCUCCAAAAUUGCAGAUUCGGGACCCGGUCUGAGUCUUUUGGGUGGUCUACGCAAGCCUACAUUGCUAGUGGGUCAGUCUACAUUAACUACACCACCGAAAAACUUUGGCUCGGACGCGUCUCUACCAACAUUGUCGGCGAGUCUCGGCCGUUCCAAUUUAGACACUUCACCGAAGAAGAAAGGGCGCGGUCGCCCGAGGAAGCUUGACAAAGAGUCUACUUCUUCGCCUGACUUGUUUAGAACUAUGCAAGGUGAAGGCAAAUCAAUAUCGACUCCUGUGCCGGCGUCGUUUCUUCAGUACCGCGGUCCACCGGGAGAAGUAGGUUCCGAUAGCGACGGACUGUCAAGAUCUUCAAGCAGCAGCUCUGCGUGGUCGCAGUCGUGCUCAUCCUGCACUCAUUACGACGACGACAAUGCAUCCGAUCACUCCUGCUCUAUGAGCUCUAGCGACGGAUCGAGCUAUAACGAAACCAUGGAUUCUAACGUGGAAGGCGGCAGUGGCGCAGAGCGUAGGCGGCGCUCGCGCAGAACCGCUGUGCAUACUGACAUGUCCGAUAAUGACACACCUACUACACCCGUCAAGGGCCGCGGCACUCGGUCGACGACGUCGAGAACCCCAGUGAAGAGCUCCACCGUUGAUUUACAGCUGGAACCACUGCAACUUGUUUGGGCCAAGUGCAGAGGAUAUCCCUGGUAUCCGGCGCUAAUAAUCGACCCAAAAAUGCCAAAAGGCUACAUCUACAAAGGCGUACCACUUCCCGUACCACCACAAGACGUACUGAGCCUGAAGAAAAAUCACUCUCACGAACCAAUACUGUACUUGGUGUUAUUCUUCGACGUAAAAAGAACUUGGCAGUGGCUGCCACCUAAUAAACUGGAGCUUUUGGGUAUAGAGAAAAGCAUCGAUCAAUCGAAAUUAGUUGAAUCUCGCAAACCAACAGAUAGAAAAGCUGUAAAGAAAGCUUAUAACGACGCAAUGCAGUUCAGAAAGCAAGUGGACGGUGAGGAUAAAUGACACAGGUUUAGAUAUAGGUCCCGUAGACCUAGAAACCGGACUUUUAGCUUUGGGAACUUUUCUAUGAUGCGUAUACAGACCCCGGAUAGUACUGAUUCUAGUGAUUGAAUUCUGUUCCUCUGGUAUUCCUAGUGCAUGGACUUCCCUAGUUUGAGACCAGGUAUUUGGUGUGAUUGUCUAGCACGUUACCACGUUACUAUUUUUAUUAGUCUGUUUGAUAUAACACAAUGAACACCAUCGAAGUCGUAAGAGGUGACCAGGGUAGCCAGGCUCUUUGGGGACACCUGGCCUACCGAUCAGACCAGAAAAAUCAAUGUCUACUAGAUGAUUAAAAUAUUAACUACAGAUAGGAAUGAAACUAUUUUUCCGGAUUUAAAUCGCGUAUAUUUGUUUUUUCAAACAAACCGACGUUUC